AAUGUCCCACCAAAUCCUGGGAUCAGCCAUCAUCAUUCGUUGUCCAACUUUUGGAGAACAAAAGGGUAGCCAUAGACCGGAGCUGAUGACCCAUUUCUGGGAUUGCAUUAAUGGUUGUGGAAACUGCAUUAGAUGCUAGUGUCUAGGGCUCAAUUUUUGGGCGUUUUUAGGGCUUGGUAUUCCUGCUUUUGAUGUUUCUGGGGGGAGGAGGGGGAGGGAGUCAGUAGAGGUCUGAGCUUUGGAAGGAGUUAAAUAAAAGCUCCCUCUGCAUCUCUGAAAAGGGUUUAUUUUCUUGCCUUACAAAGCGGUCCAGUAGUCCAAAAUGAUGCGCCCAGUAGUGGGUUCCAUCCCCAACAACAAAAGAUGGUUUAAGGACUCUGGCUUUGUGGUUAUCCCAAUAAAAGAAACUCAUCAGCAGAAGAAGAUUGAGUUGGUUACCAUUUUGAUGGGAUUCAGGCCUUUGGCCAUUCACAAGAGACAACAAAGUUGCCUUUUUGUUCACAUCGAGUAAACUCAUCUCGUACAAAUCAAGCGUAUUAAGUAAAUGUGUAAUGGAGAAGGUCACCAUAGAAAUGCCUCACUGGCAGCCGGAAGAGCCUAAGCAAAGGCAUGUUGUCUCCACCAGGAGGCCUCUGCAGGACUCCAUGAAUCAGCAUUCAUCGGCCCAGAUGCCAUUGAGGAACCAUGAGAGCUCUGAAGAAGUGAAGAAGAAGAGUGAAGGGAGGGGUAGGGGAAGGAGAAGAUCAGGGAGAGCUGCAAAAUUGGAUACACAACAAACGCCAGAAAAUGGGGCUGAUCAAUCUGCUUUGCCAGAAAAAUCUCUUGUCUUGCACCGCAGGCCCGGAUAUGGCCAAUUGGGUACUAAAUGCGUCGUUAAGGCCAAUCAUUUCCUUGCUCAAAUAUCAGGGAAGGACUUGGCUCAGUAUAGUGUUAAGAUCAAACCGGAAGUCAAUUCAAUCAAAUUGAACAAAGCUGUAAUGGCUCAGUUGGUGAAACUUCAUAGAGACACUGACUUGGGGCAGAGGCUCCCCGUUUAUGAUGGAAAAGGGGCCCUUUACACUGCGGGCCAAUUGCCUUUCACCUCAAAGGAGUUCACAAUAACAUUGGCUGAACAGGAUGAGCGGAAAGGCAUCAGCAAGGGGCGAGAAUUUAUAGUGACACUCAAGUUUGUAGCUCAUGCUAGCAUGCACCAAUUGAGUGAACUUCAAUCUGGGAAACAAUUAGAUACUCCCGUAGAAGCAAUCAAGGUUAUUGACAUUGUGCUAAGGGAGCUUGCAGCCCAAAGAUAUGUUUCCUCCGGGAGAUUUUUCUAUUCCCCCAACUUUAAGAGACCACAGCCUCUUGGCAAUGGCUUGCAGUCAUGGCGCGGCUUCUACCAGAGUAUAAAAGCAACACAGAUGGGAAUGUCACUAAACUUUGACAUGUCAGCAGCCGCUUUCAUUGAACCACUCCCUGUCAUUGAGUUUGUAGCUCAAGUUUUGGGUAAGGAUGUAUAUUCGAGGCCGCUUUCAGAUGCAGAUCGCAUUAAGGUUAAGAAAGCACUUAGAGGGGUCAAAGUUGAAGUUACACACAGGGGAAACAUGCGAAGGAAGUACCGUAUUUCAGGGCUGACAUCCCAGCCAACAAGGGAGCUUAUUUUUCCAGUCGAUGAGGAGAAAAACAUGAAGUCGGUGGUUGAAUACUUUCAAGAGGUGUAUGGCUUCACCAUUCGACAUCCCCAUCUACCUUGCCUCCAAGUGGGAAGUCCAAGGAAAGUGAACUAUUUGCCAAUGGAGGCUUGCAAGAUAGUUGAAGGACAGAGAUACACAAAAAGGCUGAAUGACAAGCAGAUAACUUCGUUGUUAAAAUUUACAUGCCAAAGACCCCGGGAACAAGAGAUAGACAUUUUACAGACAAUUCAGAAAAAUGCAUAUAGCCAAGAUACUUAUGCAAAGGAGUUUGGCAUCAGUAUAGACGACAAGCUUGCAUCAGUUGAGGCUCGAGUUCUUCCUGCCCCUUGGCUGAAAUACAGUGAUAAUGGAAAAGACAAGGAGAUCUUGCCUAAAGGUGGUCAGUGGAACAUGAUGAAUAAGAAAGUGGUUAAUGGAAGCACUGUAAAUUACUGGGCUUGUAUCAACUUCUCGAGAAGUGUCCAAGAGAGUGCAGCGCGUGGUUUUUGUGAUCAGUUGGUCCAGAUGUGCCAAAGCUCUGGCAUGGAAUUCAACAGCGAGCCCAUAAUUCCUAUCUACUCAGCCAGACCGGAUCAGGUAAAGAAGGCCUUGAAAUAUGUUUGCAGUGCAGCUGCAAAUAAACUUGGAGGGAAGGAGCUGGAGUUACUCAUCGCCAUUCUUCCAGACAACAAUGGCUCUUUGUAUGGUGAUCUGAAGCGGAUUUGUGAGACAGAGCUUGGGUUGAUUUCUCAGUGCUGUCUUACGAAACAUGUACUGAAGAUUAGCAAACAGUACCUGGCAAACGUGUCGCUUAAGAUUAAUGUCAAGAUGGGAGGAAGGAAUACCGUGCUCUUAGAUGCCGUAAAAUGGAAAAUUCCUUUAGUAAGUGAUAUUCCAACCAUAAUAUUUGGGGCCGAUGUAACUCAUCCAGAGUCUGGAGAGGACUGCAGUCCAUCAAUAGCUGCUGUUGUAGCAUCUCAGGAUUGGCCAGAAGUUACCAAGUAUGCUGGCUUAGUUUGCGCUCAGCCUCAUCGUCAAGAACUUAUCCAAGAUCUAUACAAAACCUGGCAAGAUCCUCAACGGGGCACGGUUUCAGGAGGCAUGAUAAGAGAGCUUCUACUAUCCUUUCAGAAGGCUACUGGACAAAAACCUUUGAGAAUAAUAUUCUACAGGGAUGGUGUCAGUGAUGGGCAGUUCUACCAGGUUCUACUAUAUGAACUCGAUGCAAUUCGUAAGGCUUGUGCCUCAUUGGAGCCCAGUUACCAGCCUCCGGUCACCUUCAUUGUAGUCCAAAAGCGUCACCACACACGACUCUUUGCAAGCAACCACAACGACAAAAGCAGCACUGACAAGAGUGGGAAUAUCUUACCUGGUACCACGGUGGAUACUAAGAUUUGUCAUCCUACUGAGUUCGACUUUUAUCUAUGCAGUCAUGCCGGGAUCCAGGGAACCAGUAGACCAGCUCAUUAUCAUGUCCUCUGGGAUGAGAACAAUUUUACUGCAGAUGAGAUCCAAUCUCUGACAAACAACCUAUGUUAUACAUACGCUAGGUGCACUCGAUCUGUUUCUCUAGUGCCGCCUGCAUAUUAUGCUCAUUUAGCAGCCUACCGUGCAAGAUUCUACAUGGAGCCGCAUGGACAUGAGAAUGCAUUGAUGCACUCCACCCGAGCAGCGAAUGGUUCCUCAGUCCGGCCUCUGCCAGCGCUGAAAGAGAAGGUCAAGAAUGUGAUGUUCUACUGUUAGAGAUGAAACAGAAAAGAAUUACAGCACAGGAAUGAUAGGAAAAAUGUCUGAAAGGUUGUACAUGAAUGCUUUGUGUUCAUAUUGUAGAGAAGAGAUUGUUUGAUGCAAUGCAUUUGCAAGUUUCUGUUAACAAAAUUUUGUUGUUAGCUAGGAUCUGGAAUGCUGGUGCAUGUAAAUUGAGAUCCUUCUGCCACAGCAUUGCUCUUAAAGGUGAUGCUGCUUGCUACUGUAU